AUGAAGAUUGAGUCGAUUCUCAACCAGUUCAAUGAACUAGAUACGGAACCAAGAACCAGCAGAGAAAGUACACAGCAAGACAGCGCACAAUGGGAACGAAGAGACUCAUCAUUCCUGUCGUCGACCCCACCACCAGAGAGUACUCAGUCUAGAACGUCAAGUGUACGAUCCGACAGUCGAACUCGUACGCCUUGGGAUGCUGGAGGUUACUCUCUGCCCAGGGACAAUAUCUCGACCCCUUCUUCCCGAUCACCCUUCUCGACCGUGUCUUGGGGAGAGCAGCAGGAAAGUCAACGGUUGCAGAAUGUACCCAAUAACGCAAUAAGAAACGUGUCAAUGGAUGCAUCGGCUUCCUACACGUUGCCCGUUCGUGAAGGCCGUCUUUCCCAACACAUACGGAGAAUUUCAUCAGUGUCCACUAUCAACGGAAGUCAUGUUAUGGGUUCUGGAAUCGCCGACCUGGAGGCUAAACUAGAACGUUUACCAAGACUAUCAGCACCACUCCCACCAGUCAUUACUACUCCGUCCGGGAAACCAGAGAUACGCUUACCACAUACUGCUAAUGGGGUUGGCCCAUGGUCUUCUGGGAGCCCUUCUGACUCAAUUCUAGAGGCGAGGAUGGUAAGAAGGAAAUACAACCAAUUGUCAGGAGAUCAAAGCUACUUGAAGCCAAAGGACCAUCUGUUGAAGCCAGUGGACCGUGUUCAUAAGCGUACCAUCUCAGCGCCAAACCCUGCCCACGGUUCUACUCAACCAUUUGGUCGGACAACGGCGACUCUGCCACCACUUACGUCUAGGCAUUUUGAGACGGCAGCGCUACCAUCACCGCAGAUCAACACAGUCUAUGAGCGCCCAGGUCUUGAGCAGUAUCCUUGGACACACUCAGAAGAACAUUCGCCAGCCCCCGGCAUGACUACUAAGUCCCCCUUCGAUCCGCCAGAGAGUGGCAAGAUUUUGUCCGAUAGAAGUAUACACGCGAUGCCCUAUUCAAACUCGAACGAUCGCGUUAUCGCAGCAUGCCGUCGCUUCAGAAAGGUUGAUGUCAACACACCUCUUGAGGGCGGCGACAUUUGUAUGGCAGUUGAAAACUGCACGACCGGCUCCGUUCCUCGCAAGGUUAUCUCACAUCUGUUUGGUCGCAACAAGGUCUGCACCCGUCGCAUACCUGAGCGUGUCUGGGUAUGCAUGUGCCGCAAGCACUAUCAGAGAAUCCGCUACCGCACAGGAGCCGACUUUAGCGUGACUCAGAUUGGUAUGGUAUACGAGCAGAUUGUCAGAAUGAUCUUUUGGAGUCGAGGAUUGGAGAACCCCGACGGAACCAACCAAGAAGGCAUUGCCAUUCGAUCAUGGACCUUCUCGAUUCGCAGGCGCGAGGUAAAGCGCAUGGCAGAUACGAACGGCCGAGACCUCGUUCCUCGUUGGAUCAUGCAAAGCCUUGGGGAGGGCAAGACGCAUGACGAGAUUUUGGACGUCGUUGAGCGUCUUCACCAUGAAAUACAACAAGGAACACUCAAGGAUGUCCCCCCUGUUGAGUUUCUUCCAGAAGUUGUUGAUGCUUUCACAAAUGCACCUGCCCAACUUCAGACUCAAGUUGCAAAUGGAGGUGAAGUAUCUUUUGCCAGCCAUCCUGGCCGUUCAUUGAACACUGGCGACGCAACAGAGUCCCCUGUCUCAUUCGUCAAAGAAUCAUCGCCCCUCGAACCAGUUCAGGAGGAAAUAUACAUGAGCGAGCGUAGCAGCGAAAAAUCAACGUCUUCGACUACCCCUCCCGCUGUCUACGAAGGCUCUCGACCUACCUAUCAGCAUCAAUCACAUAUCGACAAUGUGCCCAGCCGACGUACCUCUUACGCAUUCGGCUCUCGAUCCCCUUUCGCCGAUUCAGGCCCAGGCCCAGAUAUUGAUCGUCGAUCCAGUCUUGCCUACCAUGACAGUCAGAACCCAGUACCACCCUCAAUGAGCUAUUACAGUAUUAAUCGUCAGAUGCAGGCGCCCACGAUCGAUCACCGAGGUUCAUGCGAUAGUGUUCCUCUCCUUCAGACGGCCUACGGUGGUGGCUACCAUCAUGGGCUGAGCGAGUUUGUACUGACAGACAGAACCCUCCCAAACCAUGCGUUUGCUGCGCCGGCAAUGGCCCGCGAUAAUCUUGCACCAUACGAAACGGGACACCUUACGCGCAGCAGUCGGGACAGCCAUGAGCCUCAUGCCUCGAUAUCCGACCCGCAAUCUACUUCCGGCCCUCUGGACCAUCGUCCCUUCGGCUCCGGUUCAAGUCAAGGCCAAGCCAGUGUCUACUCGAAUCGAAAGCCAAUGGAACGUCAUUGCCAGACCAGAAUGAACAGCGCAGACACCUCUAUCUACCCAAAAAUACCCGAUGAACGCUACUACAUCGAUGUCCCGCAUCUACAAACCCACCAGCCUUCUUGGUAUCCUCCCGAGACUGAGUGGAACGCUAGGAUCGGCCGCUCUAUGAACCAAUACCAGCAGCACACAUUGGCUUGCGCCGACGAAGCUAGCCUUUAUCAUUCGCACCAGUUCCCUAAGGAGGAAUCUUCAGAGUGGUCUGGUACUGAUCGACCCGCCGGCAAUGGAAUUUCCACCAUGUAUCCAGCGGCGGUCUGUCACUCAGGUCACCCAAACGGAUCUUUGUCUAUGGGUGGUUUCGACGUCGAGCAUUCUCGCGGCAAUCUCAAGGCAUACCAGCACAAUUGGUCGACCAAUGAAACCGAUAAUGACCGACAUGGUGCUCGAGCUUCCGAUAGCGGUCGCCAGGAAAGGGGACAGGCUCCCUGAUUGAUGGUAGCCAGAGCAAGACAACGAAUGAUACUUGCUCCUAUACGUCGUAUGUGUAGCGACAUGCCUGCACUCUCAUCCUAUGGUAUGCACCAUGGUAUCAGCUUCAUGGUUAUAUGAUCUGCGUUUGUUUCUAUACUUUGGGCUUCCCAUUCUUGCUGCACAGAUGUCGUUAGUUUGAUGUCUGGUAUCUUUAAAAAUUUGUUUUUCAAGCCCGCUGUUCAUACCUGCACAUUGUCCAUAGUUGCACAUCAGUGACUAUUGCAACAACAGAAAGCCAAUUUGCAAUGUUGUUUGGUAUGAAAAGGAACUGGGUUAGUUGUUUUAUGGAAGUUACGAUUUGCUCCGCCGCCGAUAUUUGCUAUGGGGCACGAUUAUGAGAGAGAGGGUUAUGGGUUUUAUUGAUUGAGGCGUCUGGUUUUAGUCGGAUAGAUCA